AUGGUCACAGCUUCCCCCCGGAGCAUGCACAGUGUUCACGAGAAGAGAAAUGCUGUUCCGAUGGCAUGGACCAAGCAAUCCCGAGCACUUGAGCACGAAGUACUCCCUGUUAGGAUUGGACUGACCCAGCGCAACCUGGAGCACUCAGACGAUUUUCUUGAAGACAUUGCAGACCCGGACUCGCCGAACUUUGGGAAGUUUUGGACUGCAGAAAAGGUUGCCAACACCUUCGCGCCACAUCCAGAAACUUCAGAGGCAGUUCUGGCCUGGCUCACAGAAUCUGGUAUAACUCUUGAGCGAAUCAAGCACUCGAAAGGUAUGCCCAAGAGGUAUUCACGGGAUCAUGCGAAUACUGACACGAACAAAGGACGCAAUUGGAUCGAAUUCUCGGCCACAGUUGGAGAAGUCGAAGAGCUCCUUCAAACCGAAUAUCACUACUAUCGUCACAAAGAUUCAGGUGGAUUUCGCAUUGCAUGCGAUGAGUAUGGCCUGCCACGACACGUCCGUGAACAUGUGGAUUUUAUCAUGCCUACAAUUCAGCUCGAUGGAAUGCAACCAGUAGCUCAAAGAAUGCCCGCAAUCCAGCAUCAGGUCGACAUUGCUGCACGUCUGAAUGGUACAUCUCAAUGUUCUAAAUUAAUUACCAUCGACUGCCUGCGCGCAAUCUACAACAUUCCUGUCGGCAAGUAUAACAAUUCUGGCAAUCAGCUUGGUGUAGCAGAGUGGGCCGAUUAUCUCUACCUUCCAGACCUGAAGAUAUACUUCGAAAACCUUACGUCGCCUCAGAUCCCAUCAGAUGUGGUUCCAGAAUUCAUAUCGAUCGAUGGCGGUAAACCUGCGAACCUUACUGUAGCCAACGAGCAGCUGGUAAUAGAAAGCGCAUUGGACAUCCAGACCGCAUACUCGAUCAUCUGGCCGCAGCAAGUACGUUUGUACCAGAAUGGCGACUCUGUCAAUGUGGAUUCUGUCGGUACUUUUAACAUCUUUCUCGAUGCUCUAGACGCCUCAUACUGCACAUAUCAAGGAGGCAAUGCUCCAUAUUUGGAUCCUGCGUAUCCAGAUCCGAAUCAAGGCGGUUACAAGGGCCCGCUUCAAUGUGGGGGAGCGCCGUUGAGCAACGUGAUAUCAGUCUCGUACGGCCAAAUUGAGGGUGCGCUUCCCCGAUUUUACCAAGAGCGCCAAUGCCGUGAAUGGAUGAAAUUGGGCCUGCAAGGCGUUAGCGUCGUCUUCGCCUCAGGAGACUCAGGUGUUGCGAACAGAUACAAUGCUGGAUACAACAACAGCUGUCUCAACUCUGAAUCCGGCUACGUGGACACCGAUGGUACACGAUUCUCGCCCAGUUUCCCUGCGAAUUGCCCAUACGUUACUUCCGUUGGCGCAACCACGUUGCUCAACUCUUCCAUUCAUGGUGGAGAAAAAGCUGCGGGUAGUCCCGAUGGAGCUCAAUCUUUCUACUCGGGUGGUGGGUUUUCCAACAUAUUCCCACGCCCUUCGUGGCAGUCCGACGCCGUAUCAAACUAUCUUGAAAAAUACGCGCCGAAGUAUGGUGAUGCAGUGUUCAAUUCAAGUGGGAGAGGAAUUCCCGACGUCUCAGCGAUCGGUCUUAAUGUUGCGACUGUAUAUCUCAACAAGCUUUAUGGUUUUGGGGGCACAUCAGCAUCGGCGCCUAUUUUCGCAAGCAUCAUCACUCUGCUCAACGAGGAGAGAUUGGAACAGGGCAAGGGACCGAUCGGUUUUCUGAAUCCGACAAUAUACAAGCAUCCCGAGAUAUUUAACGAUGUAACCGUUGGUGACAACCCGGGUUGCGGUACAGACGGCUUCCCAGCAAGCCCUGGUUGGGAUCCAGUCACUGGUCAUGGUACGCCAAAAUACGAGAAGAUGCGUGAGGUGUUUCUAGCACUUCCAUAA